AGGGAAGUAGGCUGUGCACCUGUCAAGCAACGGGGUGGAAGGUCGCCGUCAUGGCUGGUGAGAAGGUGGCCAAAAAGAAGACGGUGAAGAAGACCAAGCAGCCAAUUCGACUUUACGCCAAGGGGGUGAUCCUGGGUUACAAGCGCAGCAAGUCCAAUUGCUACAGCAACUGCACUCUGUUGAAGAUUGACGGAGUCCGCACCAAGGAAGACACCCAGUUCUACGUGGGCAAGAAAGUUGCAUACGUUUACAAGGCCAAGAAAGAGAUCAACAACUCCAAGUUCCGCGUGAUGUGGGGCAAGGUUCGACGUUCCCAUGGCAACUCCGGCGUGGUCCGUGCGAAGUUUGGGAAGAACAUCCCGCCGAAAGCAUUUGGUGCUGCUUGCCGUGUGAUGCUGUACCCAAGCAAUAUCUGAGAUCUUUGCGCGAUGGAGAUCUUUAACCUCUCUGUGAGCAAGUGGAGAAAUGGC